AUUAACAUUUCUAAAUAGGGAGAAGAUGAUGAAAGUAAAGAGAAAACGAAUGAUGUCGAAUGAAGGAGUUCUAGCAGUAGUUACUGAUUAAAUUCUUAGGGAAAACAAACCAAAACUUAGGAAAUUAACUAAAAAAUAGAUUUAGCAAUUGAAAGAAAAUAAAUAAAAUCAAUCAGAGUCAUCAAUAGAGAUUAUUGAAAAGAAAAGUCCUUUGAAAUGCUAAAAGAAGAUUAAAGUUACUUAGGAGGCUUUGUAAAGAUUUCUAAAAAGGACAUUCAUAAUUAUUAGUGAUGAUGAGGCUGAAGAAAAUGAUAUUAGUAAUUAGAAAGUAUUAUUAAUAUGAAAAAAAUUAGAGCCAUGGUUAAGAAUAACUGAAAAGUUAAUCAAGUUCAGGAUCAUCAUCAUUUUUUUCAUCUUCAUCUAGUAGUAGUAAUUUAUAAUAAUAUGAAAAGAGAGAAAAAAAAAUAAAAUAGUUUUAAAAUUAUGGUCAAUGA